CCUUCGUCAUCACUCGCCGCUGUUCUUGUGCUUCUUUACGAGGAUGCUGGUCAAUUACGCGUACUGUUGAUGACUCGAUCUAAGCUGUUGAGGACUCAUGCUGGACAGACCGCCCUGCCAGGUGGUAGGGUAGACGAUACAGACCAAGAUCUCACCCACACAGCCUAUAGAGAAGCGCACGAGGAAGUCGGCCUUCCGUUGGAUUGCCCUCACAUUCAAACGCUGUGUACCUUCGAACCAUUCCUGUCGCUCCACAGACUGCUUGUCACCCCCGUCGUCGCUCUGUUGACUGACAACAGCAUCCUGGAAGGACUAACCGCUUCUGAAGACGAAGUGUCUCGUAUAUUUAGUCAUCCACUGGAAGCUCUCCUUGAUCCGAUGAUUGUGAAACACGAUGCCUUAGCUGCGUUCGGUUCCGAAGACUGGUUUUAUGAAAACGAGCUUCAUAAUACGACUGAUUCGUUGGUCCCUCUGUUGGGAAACUCGCCGUACCGUAUGCACCGAUUCCGAAGUACUGCAUCACCUGUUAAAGGUCUUACAUCAGAUAUUCUCAUUUCUGUCGCCCAACUUGCUUUUGAUAAACAGCCAACAUACGAACGCUACGCUCCUGGUCAGCCCCACGGAUUUCAAGAUAUUAUUGCUAUUGUUCAAGAGCAAAUGCCCUCAAACGCGAAGUCUGCAUAG